AUGGCAGGCACGAUACGGCCGAAUGAGAUGAAUGUCGCGACGACGCCGACUCUCUCCUCGGGCACCUUGCCCAACCUCAUGACCCUGCAAACGGACCUCAGCAAGAAGCCCAGUGUGCCACGAAGCCCGCGCGUAGAUGUCGAGCCCCUAUAUGCAGCUGUCAAGGGCGCCAUCAGCGACGCUGACUGGACAGUCUACAAGAAAACCCUCUCCUACUUUCUCCUCGGCAAUCUCAACCAGGAGGAACUCUCCCAGAAGCUAUCCAGGAUCUUGACCACACCCGCCCUUGAACAUGCGCACAAUGCCCUUUUCACAGCCAUCUAUGCAAACAUAUGGCGCGAUCCGCCAGAAGCUGGUAUCGCCAGCUGGGUCAGCAGUAGCGAUAAGCCGAUGAGCGGGACGGUCAAGGGGACAGGGGAUGAGAGCGAGAAGCGGCUGAAACAUGAAGUUAUGCAACUCAGCCGUAGGGAGAGGAAGAGGUUAAAGGGCAUACCAGCGGGCGAGAGUCCGUUGAGUACAGGCUUGGAGGGGGGCUUGAGUGUGGGCAUGACAGGACCGGUACAGGAGUAUGUCGAUGCCAGACGAGCGAAGCAGCUGGACAUUGGACCUAGUAGCAACCAAGGCGGCGGAUUCGCAAAGACGAACUGGGAACUCGAAAUCCGCAAGCGCUACACAUCCGCCCUCUACGUCGAAACCCACGAAUUUCCCACCGCCAUGACAAUAUCCUAUCGCCUCCUCCCUAUAUGCUACGAAUACGGCCUCCCCCAAGGCCACACGCCCGACUGCCCCGACUACCUCAACAUUGCAACCGAAACCUACAUCAAAGAAGCCCUCGCAAACCUCCUUGGAAAAGUCUGCAGCAACGGCCCCGGCUACGUCCGCACGGGUGACUUCAAAAAGAAACAAGCACGAGAAGAACGGCUGGCGGAAAAGGGCGAGCUUAUGCGCGGUCCCGCGGGCGAACUCCCUAUCGAAGCCGAAGAGCGCCGUAAAAGAAAACCACUUUGCACAGAAGACUUGCGGCUUGCACUUGAACUCGGCGAUGGAUACCUCGGUCAAACUCCGUUUAUCGCGGGUUCCAUCUUGCAUUCCCGGUUUCUGGAUACAGAGGGUAUCGAAGAUCUUUACGAUAAUACGUCUUCUUCUAAGCCUUUGACGAACGGGCACACAAAUGGCGAUGCUAAACUUGGCUUUGCGCCAGAAACAUGGACUGUGGAUUUUGGAGAUGCGAUGAUGGUGGAUGAGGAAGUGGGAUUGCAUUGGCAAGGAGGGAGUGUGCAGGAUAUGGCGGAUAUAGAUGAGACGUUGGAGGAUAUAUUGAAUCUGGGGGAUUUGUGA